UCAUGUUAUCCAAAGGAGUAAUGUUGCUGCUAACUGCAUGCCUGGCCUUUGUGGCAGAAAGCUCGCUGGGGGCAGCGACAGCUGGCACCCACCGCCCCCACCUCCGCCUCCCACGUGCGGUGGCCGUCAAUCAGUUCCCUGAGGGCUUCAUGCUGGGGGCGGCCACAGCCUCCUACCAGAUCGAGGGCGGCUGGGACGCCGACGGCAAGGGGGAGAAUAUAUGGGAUCGGAUGUUGCACGAACAUCCGGAAUAUGGCACCAACGGCGACAACGGGGAUGUGGCCUGCGACUCAUACCACAAGUACGCGGAAGACGUACAGGCUCUGAAGAAUUUGAAUGCAAAUGUGUAUCGUUUCUCUAUUUCUUGGGCUCGAAUUUUGCCAACUGGCGAUACAGAUGUGAUUAAUCAGGCAGGUCUCGAUUACUACAACAGCCUCAUCGAUCUGCUUCUGGAAAAUGGGAUCCAACCGCUGGUGACGAUGUACCACUGGGAUCUUCCUCAAGCGCUGCAGUACAUUGGUGGAUGGCCAAAUCCAAUUCUGGCAGACUACUUCGUCGAGUACGCAAGAGUGCUCUUCGAGAACUUUGGCGAUAGGGUGAAAUUCUGGAUAACUUUCAACGAGCCUGCAGCGGUAGUGAGCGGCUACGCGUCCGUUGGGCGGGCAGCACCCAGUCUACCGGCUCCUGGCAUCGGAGACUACUUGGCCGCCCACACCAUCAUCAAGGCGCAUGCGCGGGUCUACCAUUUGUACCAGGAGCAGUACAAGGCGUCGCAGCAAGGUUACGUGGGCAUCACACUGAAUAGUGCUUGGAACGAACCAGCCACCAACUCAACUGAAGACAUCGAAGCAGCAGAACGUGCUCGUCAGUUCGAGGUUGGAAUCUACGCGCACCCCAUCUUCAGCGAGGAAGGCGACUACCCCCCGGUGAUGCGGGAAAGGGUGGACGCCAGCAGUGCAGCAGAGGGAAGACCACGCUCCCGGCUGCCAUCCUUCACCAGCGAGGAAGUCGCCUACAUCAGGGGGACGUCGGAUUUCUUCGGCGUCAAUCAUUAUUCUUCGGUACUGUCGACGUCAGGUGAGACUGGAACCAUCCCAUCUAAGGAACACGACGCUGGCGUCAUCAACUACAGCUUUGACUCUUAUCCUCAAGCGGCGAGUAGCUGGCUGCAGGUAAUCCCAUGGGGAUUCCGUAAACUUCUGAACUGGAUUGCUGCUGAGUACCCGGAAUACCCCAUAAUCGUGACAGAGAACGGCUACUCGGACUGGGGCGAACUGGAUGACAAAAAUCGCACGGAUUACUACACGAGCUACUUAGCAGAAAUGCUUAAAGCAAUCAACAUUGAUGGCAACAACGUGAUUGGUUACACGGCUUGGAGUCUUCUUGACAACCUCGAGUGGAACGACGGCUUUACCGUCAAAUUCGGCCUGUAUCAGGUUGACUUCAACGAUCCCGAAAGGCCCAGGACGGCGAAGGAUUCAGUGCAGACAAUGGCUCAGAUAUACGCUAGCAAAGAAUUGCCUAUAGAAUACUUCGAGUGAUAACAACUUUCAUGGUUUAUGUAGAAAGACAUCUUUGUCCAGCAAUAAUGAAUAAUGUAUAUACGGUUUUCUUCUAUAUGUGACUACAAACAUUACAUAUUUUCAACAUAAAAGAAUGUUGCCGGCUGUUCUUUUACCUGUCUUAUCGUCUAUAAUUUUUUAUGGCAUGUUUUCAGAGUUGCUUCAGCAACGAAUGCAUCAUAUGUAUGAGUGCACGCUUAAUGUUCUAUGAGACUUACUGUUGUAAUUGUCCAUUGAUUUGAAAAUGCAGCUGAAAUAACUUAAGAUCUACUGCCCUUAAGGCUAAAGUCGAUAUAUCGCAGCCUGUAGUGUGAAGUCUCAGACACUGUGGCGUACGUGGCAUGUUACAUCAUUAAGAAAUUUGAGGUAUGCACGAAGAGAUUUCAGAAAGUAAGUUACAAGUGAUUAUGAGAGGGCAGAUAGCCUUUAUUAACUAUUGCACCACACUUUAAGCUGUGUAAUACAGUUCAGCAUUGUCAUCGAGUUACUGCGAACAACAGUCGGAACAUUCUAACAUUGGUUACUAUUUCUUGACGACGGAAAUCCGAUCUUUGGUCACGGAGCCACUUGAGGACCACUGUGUGAGCGUUCUCGUCGCUGAAAAACCUCUUUCUCCAAACCCUGCGUAUUUCUGCUUUGGAAUACGCGUACAGUUCCUCCACCAUUUCAAUACAGACUGUGUAGGACCUGUUACCUAUAUUGAAGCAGUACUGUGUCUGCAGGAAAUCCAGAACACGUACUCUUUUCUGACAAGAGCCACUCCUGUUACGCAAUGAUCGUAACGUUAGACGACAAGUGAAACUUACUUCCUGAAGGCCCGUCGUACCUUAUGACAGCUGUAUCUUUACUGCAAAAACAUUCUCAGACCCGUUACUUAUGAAUAGAAAAAUAUGAACCAUAAAGCAGCAGCUUGUCUCGAAUCACCAAAUCCAAUAUUGUAAGCAAACGUUUGUUGCUUGUGAUAUAAAGAAACACAAAAUUU